UUGGGGAUCCUCCGAUCCUUCCAGUGACCGCACCACGCUGCGAGAUGAACCUGCGUUCUGUAUUUACUGUAGAACAACAAAGGAUUUUACAGCGUUAUUACGAAAAUGGAAUGACAAAUCAAAGUAAAAAUUGCUUUCAGCUCAUAUUACAGUGUGCACAGGAGACUAAGCUGGACUUCAGUGUAGUCAGGACGUGGGUUGGCAAUAAGAGAAGAAAAAUGAGUAGUAAGAAUUCUGAAUCAGGAGCAACAACAGGAACUCUUCCCAGUACCUCUUUGGCAGCUCCGGACAUUACAGUCAGAAAUGUAGUUAACAUCACUCGACCGUCAAGCCAACAGUCUUCUUGGACAUCUGCCAAUAAUGAUGACAUUGUAACUAAUGCAUACAGUCCAGCAAGUUCAUCAAGUAGGCAAGGGACAACCAAACAUUCAGAUACACAAAUUACAGAAGCACAUAAAAUUCCUAUUCAGAAAACUGCCAGUAAAAAUGAUACUGAGUUUCAGUUGCACAUUCCUGUUCAAAGACAAGUAGCACACUGUAAAAAUGCUUCUCUGCUCUUAGGUGAAAAAACAAUUAUCUUGUCAAGACAGACAAGUGUGCUAAAUGCUGGAAAUUCAGUAUACAGUCACACAAAGAAAAACUAUGGAAGCUCUUCAAUGCAGGCCUCUGAGAUGAUGGUACCUCAAAAGCCAUCUAUGUGCCACCGACCUUGCAAAAUUGAACCAGUUGGAAUUCAGAGGUCAUAUAAGCCUGAACACAUGAGUCUAGCAUCACAAAACUUAUGUGGGCAAAAGCCACCUAUUAGAGACCCUUACUGUAGAACGCAAAACUUGGAAAUCCGUGAAGUAUUUUCAUUGGCUGUUAGUGAUUACCCCCAGAGAAUUCUGGGAGGAAAUGCCCCACAGAAGCCUAGUUCAGCAGAAGGAACUUGUUUGUCCAUUGCAAUGGAGACUGGAGAUGCUGAUGAUGAGUAUGCCAAAGAAGAAGAGUUGGCAUUGAUGGGAGCACAGAUACCAAGCUACUCAAGAUUUUAUGAAAGUGGCAGAUCCCUUGGAGCAGAGAACCAAAGUACAGUACUUCCUGGACCAGGAAGAAAUAUGCCAAAUUCACAAAUGGUGAAUAUUAGAGACUUGGCAGACAAUGUACUCUAUCAAAGCAGAGACUACCAUUUGACACCACGGACCUCAUUGCAUUCAGUAGCUACUACGAUGUACAGUAAUACAAAUCCAUCACGGAGUAAUUUUUCUUCACAUUUCGCAUCAUCAAACCAAUUGAAGUUAUCACAAAACCAAAACAAUUACCAGAUUUCAGGAAACCUUACUGUGCCUUGGAUUACAGGGUGUUCUAGAAAAAGAGCACUACAAGACCGCACUCAGUUCAGUGACCGAGACUUAGCCACCCUUAAGAAGUACUGGGACAAUGGCAUGACCAGCCUUGGUUCUGUGUGUAGAGAGAAAAUUGAAGCAGUUGCAACUGAAUUAAAUGUUGACUGUGAAAUAGUUCGGACUUGGAUUGGGAAUAGAAGAAGGAAAUAUCGUUUAAUGGGGAUUGAAGUUCCACCUCCAAGAGGAGGCCCUGCUGAUUUUUCUGAGCAGCCUGAGUCUGGUUCUUUGUCUGCACUCACAUCAGGAGAGGAAGCUGGUCCAGAAGUAGGGGAGGAUAAUGACAGAAAUGAUGAAGUAUCCAUCUGUUUGUCUGAAGGAAGCUCUCAAGAAGAGUCCAAUGAAGUUCCAAAUGAGGCAAGGGUUCAUAAGGAGGAGGACCACCAUGCAGUAUCCGCAGAUAAUGUGAAAAUAGAAAUUAUUGAUGAUGAAGAAAGUGACAUGAUAAGUAAUUGUGAAGUUGAACAAGUGAAUUCUCUCUUGGAUUAUAAGAAUGAAGAAGUCAGAUUCAUUGAAAAUGAGCUAGAGAUUCAAAAGCAAAAAUACUUUAAACUUCAGACAUUUGUUAGAAGCUUGAUAAUAGCUAUGAAAGCUGAUGAUAAGGAACAACAGCAGGCACUGCUGUCAGAUUUACCUCCUGAAUUAGAAGAGAUGGAUUUCAACCAUGCCUCGCCGGAGCCUGAUGAUACCUCAUUCAGUGUGUCUUCUUUAUCAGAGAAAAAUGCCUCAGACAGUUUGUAAUUUGAGGGGGCAUAUAUGACACAGCAUUUUGGCUAAGAGGUGUGCAUUUCAAGAUAACUGCAUUCUGUUGCCUCAAAAUUCUUCAGUUGGAAAAACAUAUUGUUGAAACUGACAUGCCCUGUGAAGAAUGGACAAGAUAUAAUGGCUACAGUGUAAAAAAUGUAUGUGAAAUUUAAAAGCAGUGUUUGAGAAUUUUUUUCCAAAUUGGUAAAACUCUGGUGAAAAUUGUAUUUAAAUUUUAGGAAUUUAGCUAUGAAA